CAGCAGUGUGCCUUAGGUGUGAGAGAAAGAGAGAUGCUGUAAAGAUACUAGCCUUUGUACCAUUAACCUAGCACACCUGCACAGAAGAGCCAUGGGGUGGCCGAGGAAUCUUCAUCUUUUGCUGGUCGUAUCUCUGCUUAUAUUUGUUAGUGCUACCUCAAAGAAGAUAAAUGCAAAAGAUUCGUGUGAGUACAAUGGCAAGAUAUAUGAAAACAAUGCUGUUUUUGAAGAAGACUGUCUGAUAUGUGAUUGCAUAAAGGGGGUUGUUGAAUGUCAUCAGUCACCUAAAUGUGCAGUAUCUCUAACAGUGAAGAAAGGAUCUAGCAACAUUGAACAAGUAAAGAGUGCAGAUCUGCUACUUGACAAGAAGGAUUCUAGCAAAAACAACAAUGUGAAAAAUGCAGUGCCCCCUGCAGUGAAAGAAGCACCCAGCAAUGACAAGAAGGCAAAUCUGAAAGGAAAAAGUUCAGUUGAUACUCAUAGCAUCUCAAAACUCAGCAAAUAUGAAGAGGAUUCUGAAGAAAUCUGGUCAUCACAUGAAAAGAAAAAGGGCUCUUCAGGUUCUAUUUUUGGAAAUGUAUUUAAUUCAGAAGGUGACAGAUCACAUGAGGAUGAUUCAGAUUCUAAAGAGAAUGCAUUAUCACAUGAAAAAAAAGACAUGAAGAAAGGCUCUCAUGGACAGGUAAAGAAAGUUAUCAAGACUGAGGAAACAGUGGUAACAGAAUUUCAUCAAGGAGGUAACUCCCAUUCAAAACUGAGUGGAUUUAAAGACAUGGACUCUGAGUCAGUAUCUAAGGGUGGAAGCAAGAUCAGUUUAAAAAUGGGCAGAGGUGAAGAUGAAGAUUCAGACUCUGAUGAAGAUAUGUCAUCACAUGGGAAGAUCGACAUGAAGAAAGGCUCUAAAGUUAGUACCAAAAUCGAGACAACAGUGGUAAAAGAAACUCAUAAAGGUGGAAACAAGGUCAGUUUAAAAAUGGGCAGAGGUGAAGAUGAAGAUUCAGACUCUGAUGAAGAUAUGUCAUCACAUGGGAAGAUCGACAUGAAGAAAGGCUCUAAAGUUAGUACCAAAAUUGAGACAACAGUGGUAAAAGAAACUCAUAAAGGUGGAAACAAGGUCAGUUUAAAAAUGGGCAGAGGUGAAGAUGAAGAUUCAGACUCUGAUGAAGAUAUGUCAUCACAUGGGAAGAUCGACAUGAAGAAAGGCUCUAAAGUUAGUACCAAAAUUGAGACAACAGUGGUAAAAGAAACUCAUAAAGGUGGAAACAAGGUCAGUUUAAAAAUGGGCAGAGGUGAAGAUGAAGAUUCAGACUCUGAUGAAGAUAUGUCAUCACAUGGGAAGAGCGACAUGAAGAAAGGCUCUAAAGUUAGUACCAAAAUCGAGUCAACAGUGGUAAAAGAAACUCAUAAAGGUGGAAGCAAGAUCAGUUCAAAAAUGGGCAGAGGUGAAGAUGAAGAUUCAGACUCUGAUGAAGAUAUGUCAUCACAUGGGAAGAACGACAUGAAGAAAGGCUCUAAAGUUAGUACCAAAAUCGAGACAACAGUGGUAAAAGAAACUCAUAAAGGUGGAAGCAAGUUCAGUUCAAAAAUGGGCAGAGAUGAAGAUGAAGAUUCAGACUCUGAUGAAGAUAUGUCAUCACAUGGGAAGGACAACAUGAAGAAAGGCUCUAAAGUUAGUACCAAAAUCGAGACAACAGUGAUAAAAGAAAUUCAUAAAGGGUCUAGCAAACAUGGAAAAUACACUUCAGAUUCUGAAGAACAGGAAAGGCAAUCAUUCCAAAAGGGAUUUGAAAGCAAAAAAACAUCUCUGGGGGGAGGAAAUGUGAAAAUCGAAAAGAAAAUUACAAAAAUUGAAGAAGAUGAUGAAGAAUCAGAUUCAUCUGAAGAGCGGCACCAUAACAGUAAAAAGAUUUCUCAUGGGGGAGGAAAUGUGAAAAUCGAAAAGAAAAUUACAAAAAUUGAAGAAGAUGAUGAAGAAUCAGAUUCGUCUGAAGAGCGGCACCGUAACAGUAAAAAGAUUUCUCAUGGGGGAGGAAAUGUGAAAAUCGAAAAGAAAAUUACAAAAAUUGAAGAAGAUGAUGAAGAAUCAGAUUCAUCUGAAGAGUGGCACCAUAACAGUAAAAAGAUUUCUCAUGGGGGAGGAAAUGUGAAAAUCGAAAAGAAAAUUACAAAAAUUGAAGAAGAUGAUGAAGAAUCAGAUUCAUCUGAAGAGCGGCACCGUCACAGUAAAAAGAUUUCUCAUGGGGGAGGAAAUGUGAAAAUCAAAAAGAAAAUUACAAAAAUUGAAGAAGAUGAUGAAGAAUCAGAUUCAUCUGAAGAGCGGUACCAUAACAGUAAAAAGAUUUCUCAUGGGGGAGGAAAUGUGAAAAUCGAAAAGAAAAUUACAAAAAUUGAAGAAGAUGAUGAAGAAUCAGAUUCAUCUGAAGAGCGGUACCAUAACAGUAAAAAGAUUUCUCAUGGAAGCAGUAAGAAAGGAUCCGAUAAAUAUGGAGGGAUGGAUUUAGACUUUGAUGAACCUCAGAAGUCACAGAAAGAAAAGGAAGUUUCAGAAAACAAAGGGAAGAGUGGACAGUCUACAGUGACCAUAGUCGAUAGCCAUAAGUCAGAUAACAAAGACCAAUCACAUCUGGAAGAGGAAACAUCCAUAAUAACGGAAGACAAAAUAAUUGCAGUAACAGCGCAAAAAUACUAUGAAGAUGAUGCUACUUGUGAAGAUGGUAAUGAAAACUGCAAUCAGCCAAAUCAGCUUGAAAAUGCUGAACCGUUAACAGACAGUGAUAAGAAUAAAACCAAUGAAAAGCAGCAAAGUUUACCAGAUAUUAAUGACGGAAAUGAUAUUGACACAACCCCCUCAAAAUCUGUGGUCUCACAGUUCGAGAAUGAAGUGCAGAUCGAUGACCAAAUUCAUGUUCCAAACUUACCCGAUACAAGUAUCACAAAAGAAACAGUCAAACAAGAGGAAAGUCAGACAGAAACAACAGAGAGUUCUAAGGUAGCUGAAGAGAAUGCAGAAGACAGAAGCAAAGAUGACAGCGAGAGGUCAAACAUUUUUGACAUGAACAGUAAAACAGAAGGCUCAGAUAAUUUGAAUGAAGUAACAGAGAUUCAGAGCAGCAAAUCACCUGACUCAAUAGGCUCUGUGCUUAUUGAAGGUGAAACAGAGUCUCAGAAAAACAUCAACUCUGAAAAUACAUCUGAAGAUAAUGAAGAGAAAGAAGACACAGGAAAUGAUACCUCAACUGGAGACACCAGUUCUCAAGUAGAUGAAGCAAACCAAAAGAGUGACAGUGACAGUACCCUUAAUGGGAAUAAAUCAGGCUCUGAGGAUGAAGAAGAAGCCACAUAUGAUGAACACCCACUCAAGCCUAUUGUUCCAGAAGAUGACAUUAAAGAAAGCAGCAAUAAAGAAGAUGAAAAUCAAAAUACUGAGGAAGACAGCCAGAACCCAACUGAUGAAGUUGAGGAAAAAGAGGAAGAGAACAAUAACCCAAGUUAUGUUUCUGAUCAAACCAAAGGAAUCAUCAUUAAUGAAGGAACGAAAAGUGGUGAUGAAAGUGCUUUAGACAAUGCCAGUAAAGGAUCAGGAGGUGAGGAAAGAGAGGAACUGACAUCAUCAAGCAGUAAUUCUGUAGAAGACAACAAAACACCCAGUGAAAAUGAUGACACUCAAAGCCAACCAAAUUCUAGUCUGGGUCAUGGGGAAGACAUCGGUGAUGAGAACACCAGUAAUCCAUCUUCUGAUUCAGGACAAACCAAAGAGGUAACUAGCCCAGAAGAACCAAGUCAAAAUGAUGUUGCAGACAAUACAAGUGAAAGCACAGGACAUGAGGAAAGUGAUGAGUUGACAUCAGCAGACACUGAGUCUGUGGAAGAGACCAUAACACCCAGUGAAAAUGCCGAUGAUCAGGGCAAACCAGAAUCAGGUGGGGAACAUGGAGAAGACAUGGAUGAUGAGAACACCAGUAAUCCAUCUUCUGAUUCAGGACAAACCAAAGAGAUAACUAGCCCAGAAGAAACAAGUCAAAAUGAUGUUGCAGACAAUACUAGUGAAAGCACAGGACAUGAGGAAAGUGAUGAGUUGACAUCAGCAGAUACUGAGUCUGUAGAAGAGACCAUAACACCCAGUGAUAAUGCCGACAACCAGGACAAACCAGAAUCAGGUGGGGAACAUGGAGAAGACAUGAAUGAUGAGAACACCAGUAAUCCAUCUUCUGAUUCAGGACAAACAAAAGGGAUAGCUAUCCAAGAAGAAACAAGUAACAAUGACAUUGAUGAUGCAGACAGUGCAAGUGAAGGCUCAGGACAUGAGGAAGGUGAUAAGAUGACAUCAGCAAACACUGAGUCUGUGGAAGAGACCAUAACACAUAGUGAAAAUGCAGACAACCAGGGCAAACUAGAAUCAGGAGAAGAACAUGGAGAAGACAUGGAUAAUGAGAACACUAGUAAUCCAUCUUCUUAUUCAGGACAGACUGAAGAAACAAGUAGCCAAGAAGAAACAAGUAAUAAUGAAAUUGAUGAUGCAGACAGUGAUAGUGAAGGCUCAGGACAUGAGGAAGGUGAGGAGAUGACAUCAGCAGACACUGAAUCUGUGGAAGAGACCAUAACACAUAGUGAAAAUGCCGACAAUCAUGGCAAACCAGAAUCAAGUGGGGAACAUGGAGAAGACAUGGAUGAUGAGAACACCAGUAAUCCAUCUUCUGAUUCUGGACAAACCAAAGGGAUAGCUAUCCAAGAAGAAACAAGUAACAAUGACAUUGAUGAUGCAGACAGUGCUAGUGAAGGCUCAGGGCAUGAGGAAAGUGAUGAGAUAACGUCAAAAGACACUGAAUCUAUGGAAGAGACCAUAACACCCAGUGUAAAUACCAACAACCACGGCAAACCAGAAUCAGGUGAAGAACAUGGAGAAGACAUGGAUGAUGAGAACACCAGUAAUCCAUCUUCUGAUUCAGGACAAACUGAAGAAACAAGCAGCCAAGAAGAAACAAGUAAUAAUGAAAUUGAUGAUGCAGACAGUGGUAGUGAAGGCUCAGGACAUGAGGAAAGUGAUGAGAUCACAUCAGCAGACACUGAAUAUGUGGAAGACAAUAUAAUACCCAGUGAAAAUGCUGACAACCAGGGCAAACCAGAAUCAGGUGAAGAACAUGGAGAAGACAUGGAUGAUGAGAACACUAGUAAUCCAUCUUCUUAUUCAGGACAGACUGAAGAAACAAGUAGCCAAGAAGAAACAAGUAACAAUGAAAUUGAUGAUGCAGACAGUGCUAGUGAAGGCUCAGGACAUGAGGAAGGUGAGGAGAUGACAUCAGCAGACACUGAAUCUGUGGAAGAGACCAUAACACCCAGUGAAAAUGCCGACAAUCAUGACAAACCAGAAUCAAGUGGGGAACAUGGAGAAGACAUGGAUGAUGAGAACACCAGUAAUCCAUCUUCUGAUUCAGGACAAACUGAAGAAACAAGCAGCCAAGAAGAAACAAGUAAUAAUGAAAUUGAUGAUGCAGACAGUGGUAGUGAAGGCUCAGGACAUGAGGAAGGUGAGGAGAUGACAUCAGCAGACACUGAAUCUGUGGAAGACACCAUAACACCCAGUGAAAAUAACAACAUCCAAAACAAACCAGAUUCUAUUGGGGAACAUGGAAAUGACAAAGAUGAGGAGAACACUAGUAACCCAACUUCUGAUUCAGGACAAACUGAAGAAACAAGUAGCCAAGAAGAAACAAGUAACAAUGACAUUGAUGAUGCAGACAGUGCUAGUGAAAGCUCAGGACAUGAGGAAGGUGAUGAGAUGAACUCAGCAGACACUGAAUCUAUGGAAGAGAUCAUAACACCCAGUGUAAAUACCAACAACCACGGCAAACCAGAAUCAGGUGAAGAACAUGGAGAAGACAUGGAUGAUGAGAACACCAGUAAUCCAUCUUCUGAUUCAGGACAAACUGAAGAAACAAGUAGCCAAGAAGAAACAAGUAACAAUGACAUUGAUGAUGCAGACAGUGCUAGUGAAAGCUCAGGACAUGAGGAAAGUGAUGAGAUGACAUCAGCAGACACUGAAUCUAUGGAAGAGACCAUAACACCCAGUGUAAAUACCAACAACCACGGCAAACCAGAAUCAGGUGAAGAACAUGGAGAAGACAUGGAUGAUGAGAACACCAGUAAUCCAUCUUCUGAUUCAGGACAAACUGAAGAAACAAGCAGCCAAGAAGAAACAAGUAAUAAUGAAAUUGAUGAUGCAGACAGUGGUAGUGAAGGCUCAGGACAUGAGGAAAGUGAUGAGAUGACAUCAGCAGACACUGAAUCUGUGGAAGACACCAUAAUACCCAGUGAAAAUGCCGACAACCAGGGCAAACCAGAAUCAGGUGAAGAACAUGGAGAAGACAUGGAUGAUGAGAACACCAGUAAUCCAUCUUCUGAUUCAGGACAAACUGAAGAAAUAAGCAGCCAAGAAGAAACAAGUAAUAAUGAAAUUGAUGAUGCAGACAGUGCUAGUGAAGGCUCAGGACAAGAGGAAAGUGAUGAGAUGACAUCAGAAGACACCGAAUCUGUGGAAGAGACAAUAACACCCAGUGAAAAUACCAACAACCACGGCAAACCAGAAUCAGGUGAAGAACAUGGAGAAGACAUGGAUGAUGAGAACACCAGUAAUCCAUCUUCUGAUUCAGGACAAACUGAAGAAACAAGCAGCCAAGAAGAAACAAGUAACAAUGACACUGAUGAUGCAGACAGUGUUAGUGAAAGCUCAGGACAUGAGGAAAGUGAUGAGAUGACAUCAGCAGACACUGAAUCUGUGGAAGACACCAUAACACCCAGUGAAAAUAUCAACAUCCAAAACAAACCAGAUUCUGGUGGGAAACAUGGAAAUGACAAAGAUGAGGAGAACACUAGUAACCCAACUUCUGAUUCAGGACAAACUGAAGAAGGCAGCAACCGUAAAUCAACAUUUAAUGAUGAUGGCAGUACUUCAGUUAUUAUCAGUGAUGGAUCAGGAACACAUAAAGAUGAAGACUCUUCAACAAAUGUAGACAGUGCAAAUGAUGAAUCAGAAAGCCUAGAGGAUGACUCUUCAGACAGAAAUUGUUUUUUCAACAAGAAGCAUAUUAGACAUGGGGAUUCCAUUUCUUUUAGUUGCGUAACAUGUACUUGCUAUUCGGGCAACAUGACUUGCAUCAAAACAAAUGAAUGUCCAAGUAUUUGCUCUGUCACUGGUGGCCAGAAUGUCCGUACAUUUGAUGAUAGUACCUACCAACUCAGAGGAGCCUGCAGCUACUACUUGGUGAAGACAGACAGUUUUGCAAUAUAUCUGAACAAUAAAGUCUGUCAUAAGAAUGAAGACUUUUCCUGCAUUGAUUCAGUUGCCCUUCACAUGUACGGCCAGGAAAAGGUUGAGAUCUUCAGUGAUGGACAUGUUGACGUUGGAAGUGAAGAAAUACCUCUCCCAUAUCACUUUGACAGACUCUUCACUGUUCGCAGAGCUUCCUCUGAAGUGGUAGAAGUUGCCACCAUGAUGGCUUUCCAUAUACAGUAUAACUUUAAAGACCAAAGGCUUUAUGUCCACUUUCACAUAGACUGGAUGCAUGCCACAAAGGGACUCUGCGGCACUUAUAACAACAACAAAAACGAUGAUCUCUUGUCCUCCAGCAAUAUGAUAGAAACUGUGCCAGAAUUUUUCAUAGAAAGUUGGAAGGUAAACAGUUGUCCAAAUCUUCCAAAACAUGAUGAAGAUACUGAUAAAUGGAUCGAGUCUGAGAUCACUUGCAAGGUCUUUGACUCUGCUGUCCUGGAAGACUGCCAUGCUGCUGUGGACAGCUACAGCUAUGGACAGAACUGUGCCUGGACAGUUUACAGCAAUUCUGGCACUCAUGGAAUCUGCUCUGCUCUAGCCAACUAUGCAUAUCGCUGUGCCCAUGCAGGCUUCAUAGUCAAUCUGCUGAAAGACUUCCCAGACUGCACUCCAGAAUGUGGAGAAGACACAAUAUUGUCUCCACAAAGAAUAACACCACAGGAAGACUGUCGAGGAUUUUCAGAUAAUCUGCUCUAUAUGACUACUCCUUACACCUAUGUUGAGGGAUGCAUCUGUCCACAUGAGAUGUACUAUGAUUCUGUACAACAAAAAUGUGUCAGUCGUGAUGAAUGCCCAUGUUAUAAAAACAAUAGAGUAUAUGUGGUUGGAGAGAAGAUAGAAUCCUAUUCGAACCAAGAAUGUUUCUGCAGUAGAAAUGAUAGCUGCAGCACCAAAGCAGUUGACACAGUCGUUUUCGUUCCUGAACUUUAUUGCGAUCAUACAGAAGAGUAUGAUGACUGCUCAGGUAAAUUCCAAAACCUCUGUGAACUUCAGUGUAAUGAUUUGAAGAGGACUAAUAUGGCCUGCCCACCCGAAUGUAUACCAGGAUGUGUCUGCAAACCUGGGUAUGCGAGGACCAAUGAGGGAUCAUGUAUCCCCACUGAAGAAUGUCCAUGUGUCUACAAAAAUGAAUUGUACUACAAGGGAGAGUCCAUACAAGUGGAAUGUAAUUCCUGUAUAUGUCAACAAGGAAAGUUCCACUGUACAGAAAAAGUGUGCGCGGCCACUUGCACCUUCUACGGUGAUUCUCAGUACAUACUGUUUGACUUAGAAUGGGUGAAGUUCCCUGCAGUCAGCUGCCCGGUAUUACUUGCUGAGCAAUCACAAAUAGAGCCCAGUUUCAAAGUUGCUGUUAACAGAAGAGCCUGCCCAGAAUAUGGUGAUGUUUUCUGUCGAAAGGACGUCUUUAUUCAACAUGGAGACGCUGACAUUUUCCUCUCAGGUUCUACGGUGGACGUGAGAUACAAAAAUGAAAAAAACAUUACGUCUCAUGUCACUGUUUACCAUUCUGGCUUCUUCACCAUCCUAGAAUUUGAAAAUUCAAUAUCUUUGUAUUAUGAUAAACAUUUGGAAGUUUCUGUUACGAUUCCACCACAUUUGAAGGGGCUGUUGAAUGGAAUGUGUGGCAAUGCAGAUGGAAGUACUCUAAAUGAAGUCUCAUAUGGCAAUAUGAUUCAGUAUGGAAAGAAUUACCUACAUUCCAUGUGUGAGGACAAAAUCAUCAGCUCCCCACAAUGUGAUGACACGAAUAUGAAAUAUGUUGAAAGCCGCUGUGACCUGCUUUACUCAGAAGCAUUUGCUGUCUGCCAUACUGAGGUACCUAUUACUCCAUUUUAUGCUGCAUGUGUGGAGGAGUCCAGUAAAUGUACGGAAGGGGACGACUGUCUCUGCUACUGUUCAGCAGUUGCAGCCUAUGCUAGAACCUGCUGCAGGAAAGGCAUCGCCGUUGACUGGAGAACAGCUGAAAUAUGCCCUGCUCCAUGUGAAUAUUACAACAGAGAGCUCGGAGAUGGACCUUAUCAUUUUGUUACACCAAACAACCUUCGCCUGCUGGCUGAUUACAUGAAUCAGCAAGUCCGCGUAGAGAGCUAUGAAACAUCCAAUGCACUAAGCAUGAGCUUCAUGCUUACAGAUGGCCUCUACAAGAACCCUCAAAGUCCGUGGAAAUUGGUUUCACUAGAAUCUUUGGAACAUCCCAACUUCUUUGUUACAUACGAUGAAAAUGGCAGGGUUGCUCUGGGGUCUUGGGAAUCUAAUUCACAAUUCCGUAAGUCAGCAACAUUUAUCCUUAGGAAGGAUAAGUUCUACAAAGGCUACAUUGCAUUGGAGUCACUUGCAAAUCGAAGACACUUCCUUUCUGCCGCAAAUGAUGAUGGCAGCCUGGCAGUGACAAGAUUCCUAAAUGGAAUGGGAGUAGCCAUGAGUUUCAGAAUGGAAGAGCAAACAUAUGGGUUACCUGCAUUCUCUAUGUGCACAUGGAGAUAUGAGAGCUGUGGAAAUCCAUGCAUCCGAACCUGCAGAGAUCCAACAGGGACCAUUUGUUCUCUAAGUGUAAACAUUGAAGGUUGUUUCCCACAUUGUUCAGGCGAUACAGUAUUUGAUGAGACAACGCACAGAUGUGUCCACUACACAGACUGUUCUGGAGAUCGUGUUCCUAAUUAUCCAGGUGAGCCUUCUCCAGCUCCUGAUGUACCACCUAAAGAAAUCACCCCAGCAUGGCCCCCAGUGCAACCUCCUGUUUCCAAUGCACCAAAGGUACCACAACCUCCUGUGGAAAAUCCACCUCAGGAAAUUCCUACAAAAGCACCACAGCCAUUGCCAUCAACUGGACCUGGAGAGCCACCAGUUUAUACAAUACCACAUCAUCCAGAAGAACCAUCACCACCUGAAGGGAACCCACCUCAACCAGCUGAACCAACAACUAAGCAAGUAAUUGAGCCAUUAGAAACAGCAGUCCCUCCACCAUUGAUGCCAUCAGUAGGACCUUCACCAACCAAAGAAAAACAAGUCUAUCCAACAUUACCUUGGCCAGGCAAAGCAACACCAACAAAAAUAAUUCCACCACCAGAAACAGGGGGCCCACGUUGGUUUCCUCCAGGAAAAGAGAUAUCACCACCUAUAGAAUGGCCAGCCCACUCAGAACCAGCUAAUACAGAACCUAUAGAAGAAAUUCCACCACCAGAAACAGAACCCCCUCAACGGAAUCAACCACCAAAAAAGACAUCACCAUCCACAGAAUGGCCAGCCCACUCAGGACCUCCACCACAGCCUGGAUGUGAAAAUGUGCAGUGUCCACCUAGGAAACAAUGUAAACAUGGUCAGAGUGUAAACAUUGUGCCAAAUCCUAUGAAUGAAUGCUGUCCAUUUUACAAGUGUGAAUGCAGCUGUUCAUCGGUGCCAACAUGCAGUAGAGAUGAGAGACUUGUUCCCGUUGCUGAAGAAGACAAAUGCUGUCCCAGACUAGAAUGCAAAGCUAAAAAUGACGAAUGUGAAGUAGCCUAUGUAGAAAAGCAACUGAUAUCUGGACCAUGUUCAGCCAAGGUGUACGCAGCUACGUGCCAAGGUUAUUGUCAUUCAUCAAUGGUUUGGGACAGCCUGGGGAAUCUUAAGAACGAGUGCAGGUGUUGUUCAGCUACAUCAUUGUCUGAUAUCACUUACGACUUAAAAUGCCCUGAUGAAACCGUGAAAUCCAUUACCAUCCAAGAGGCUGCCUCAUGCCAGUGCAACCCGUGUUAGAAAGUAACAUUUUCAGAUGAUCAGUAAACAUCAGUACUGCUUUACUCACUAAUGGUCUUUCUUAGAUAACCAGUGCUGGUUUUUUCUCAGUUUCUUACUUCAAGGUAUAAGAACUUCAAUACAGAUGUGACUGAAUUAUUUGUUCAAAGUAGAUCCCUAUGAUACUUGGAAUCUAAACUCCUCUCUAGAUGUCAGAAACCAUCAACAAUAAAGUAUGCAGUAUUGCUAAGUAUUUAAAGCAGAUGAUACCACAAUGUGUGAAUACUGGCACAAAUGGUAAUUCAGAUUCCUCUUUAAUCAAGAAAGAAGAACAGAAGCAUUACUCUGACCACCAAGUUGUUCAUGGCCUACCUCUGUUCAAAACAUCAGCUCAUAUUAUUACUACCAGGAUGUGGUACAUAUGUUUACAGCUAUUUCUCACACAUAUGAGAUCUAUAUAUUCCUAUGUAAGGAUUUUUCAUUUUUGUGCUUUUUCUGAGAACUAAUGUACAUGAGGACACUACUUAUGUGAUGACAAUCCUUGGUUUGAGUUGUGAUUAAGGCUGACUUCAGAGAACCCCAGUGAGAUAUUAACUUUCUACUACUCACUUGAAGUAGCAUGCAACUCUUUUCUUUUCCCCCUCUGUUUUUAAAGGUCAGCAGUGCUUACAGACAUUUUGUGAAUUCUAUAUGUUAUUAAUAAAGCACUAAACGUAUGACUUAUCAAACUUAGGUUACAGCUAUAACAACCAGAUAACAGUAAUGCUUUAUUGUUCUGCAUAAAAUCUAAAAUAAGUUUUGGGGCAUACUGGUCUUAUUUAAAAGAUUCUUUACUACCUCAUAGAUAUCACAAGCAUCUUAAAGCAACAGUGAACUGAACUAUCACCCAACAAGGCUAGUUCCUAUUUUUUUGCAUUUACAAGAUAAUACACUUUCUAGUUUUGUUUUUUUUAGUACUACAAAUGUCAUAUUUGUUCUGAAAUCACUUGUCUUUGGUAAGAAGUAAAAAAUGUUUAUUUGUCAACCCUAUAUUCUGCAAAUCUAGAAACAUUGUAAAUAAGAUAAUUUACAUAAUUGGAGAGGUUCCUUGCACUACUAUUGUAAAUAAGAAUUGUACAACAGCUUUAUAAUUGUCAGGACCUUGCCUAAUGUUUUCAUGAUUACAAUAUUUUCUCUAGUGAUGUGUUUUACUACACAUUUUUCAUCUUUUUAAGUAUCUGUAUAUCAUUUAUUUUACAGUCUUCAAAUAGCUACUCUGUAACAAACAUGCUGCUCAAGAAAAUAAAAUUUGUAAAUAAGUUUAAUGUCCUUUAGUAAUUUUCAUUACAGAUAAGAUAAGCAGAGAUGAAGGAAACUGAAGGAAUCAUAACAAUUUAAAAUUAACAUGUUGCCACAACCUCAGUCCUCCUUAAGUAGUAAAUUGUUUUAUGCAUUGAGGUUAACAGAGUGAAUGAAGGUAAAAUGAAUAAAAGAAAGAGCUCAUAUACACUGGUGUACAAAGUACAAUGACUAUAUAUUGUACAGUUAAAAUAUAUCUCAGAAUAAAUAGAAGAUUUAAAACAAA